AUGCCCUCCGACACAGCGAGCUAUCUCGCGGCACACUACCUCACUGCAGACCCGAAACCGAGCAAGAAACGCAAGCGCAGCGGCAAGAACAGCGCUCAGCAAGACACCGGCCUAAUCAUUGCCGACGACGACGCGACGGGCUGGGGAAACACCGGCGGCCAUGACGACGACGACGUGGAUAUGCUGGGAGGCGGCGCAGGGGCGACAGUCGCGGGGACCAGCGCCGAGUUCCGCAAGGCCAAGAAGAGUGGGUGGAAGUCCCUCGGCGGAGGAGGCGGCGUGUCGACGACAUCCUCGACAACAACAACAGCAGCACAAGACUCGACGACGACUACAAACGCGGAAGCAGACGCAAUAGUAGCCUCAGCCGCGAGAGAAGCCACAUCUAGGAGCGGUAAUGCCGAAGGCGGCGACGAAGACGACAGCCCAGCGGUCAUGAUGUCCGACGGGACCUAUGCGGGCCUGCAGUCCGCCGCCUCCGUGUCGGCCCAGCUCGAGAAGCGCAAGGCCAAGGAGCGCGCCGAGUUUGACAAGCUGCGCAAGUCGCACAAGGAGGCCGAGACGGUGUACCGCGACGCGACGGGUCGGCGGGUCGAUGUCGAGUGGAAGCGCGCCGAGGCGCGGCGCGAGGCGGCCGCCGCCAAGGACAAGGAGGCCGCCGCGCAGCAGGCGCUCAGGGGAGAGGUCCAGGAGGAAGAGAGGCGGCUGAGGCGGGAGAAGCUCGAUGACGCCAAGCUCAUGGGCGUCGCGCGGCACGCCGACGACGAGGAGAUGAAUCGCGAGCUCAAAGAGAAGACGCGCUGGGGAGACACCAUGGCGCAGUUUAUUGAGCCCAAGGCGGCCGGGACUGGGCCGGCUGCCGGCGGCAAGAGUGGCGGUGGUGGGAAAAGGAUCAAAGGGCGGCCAGUCUACCAGGGCGCAUGGGCGCCCAACCGAUACGGCAUCAGGCCGGGCUACCGCUGGGACGGGGUAGACAGGAGCAACGGCUUCGAGGCGGAGCGGUUCAAGGCGAUAAACAGGCGCGAGCGGAAUAAGGGGCUCGAAUACUCGUGGCAGAUGGAUGAGUAA